AUGUGUGGGGACCGAGGCGGUUUUGGCACCGCGGCUCGCAGCGAUCUCCGGCGACAGCACUGCACCCUCUGGAGGGUGGCACUCAGUGACCCGCAGGUGACAUUAACUGAUCUGCAGGUGACAUUGACUGACCCGCAGAUGGCACAGAGUGACCCGCAGGUGACACUGAGUGACCCGCAGAUGACAUUAACUGAUCUGCAGGUGACAUUGAGCGACCCACAGGUGACACUCAGUGACCCGCAGGGGGGGUUCGGCGCGGAGCGGCCGAGCAGCGUGGCUGACAAGAACAGCAGCCUGAAAUGCACCUUCUCUGCUCCUGGCCACAGCACCACGCUGCUGCAGGGGCUGGCCUCGCUCCGAGCCCAGGCUCAGCUGCUUGAUGUCAUCCUCACGAUAAAUAAUGAAGUGUUUCAGGUUCAUAAAGUUGUCUUGGCUGCCUGCAGUGACUAUUUCAGGGCGAUGUUCACGGGCGGGAUGAGAGAAGCCAGCCAGGACGUGAUCGAGCUCAAAGGCGUGUCAGCCAAGGGCCUGAAGCACAUCAUCGACUUCGCCUACAGCGCCGAGGUCACGCUGGACCUCGACUGCAUCCAGGACGUGCUGGGAGCCGCCGUCUUCCUGCAGAUGGUGCCGGUGGUGGAGCUGUGCGAGGAGUUCCUCAAGUCCGCCAUGAGCGUGGAGACGUGCCUCAACAUCGGCCACAUGGCCACCACCUUCAGCCUGGCCUCCCUCAAGGAAUCCGUGGACGCCUUCACCUUCAGGCACUUCCUGCAGAUCUCGCAGGAGGAGGAUUUCCUCCACCUGCCCCUGGAGCGCCUGGUGUUCUUCCUGCAGAGCAACAAGCUGCGGAGCUGCAGCGAGAUCGAGCUGUUCCGCGCCGCCGUGCGCUGGCUGCAGUUCGAGCCCGAGCGCCGCGCCAGCGCCAGCCGCGUGCUGUGCCACGUCCGCUUCCCGCUGAUGAAAUCCUCGGAGCUGGUGGACAGCGUGCAGACCCUGGACAUCAUGGUGGAGGACGUGCUGUGCCGCCAGUACCUGCUGGAGGCCUUCAACUACCAGAUCCUGCCCUUCAGGCAGCACGAGAUGCAGUCGCCGCGCACGGCCGUGCGCUCGGACGUGCUGUCCCUCGUCACUUUUGGUGGCACCCCGUACACCGACAACGACCGCACCGUCAGCCCCAAGGUCUUCUGCCUGCCCGACGCCGCCGGCCGCCAGUUCCGCGAGCUGACCACCAUGGAGGUGGGCAGCAGCCACUCGUGCGUGGCCGUGCUGGAUAAUUUCGUGUACCUGGUGGGAGGGCAGCAGCUGCAGUACCGCAGCGGCGAGGGCGCCGUGGACGCCUCCUACCGCUACGACCCUCACCUCAAUCGGUGGCUGCGCAUCCAGGCCAUGCAGGAGAGCAGGAUCCAGUUCCAGCUCAACGUCCUGCGAGGGAUGGUUUACGCCACGGGCGGCCGGAACCGCUCGGGCAGCUUGGCUUCGGUGGAGAAAUACUGCCCCAAGGACAACGAGUGGACGUACGUGUGCUCGCUGAAGCGCAGGACGUGGGGCCACGCCGGGGCCACGGCGGGGGACAGGUUGUACAUCUCGGGGGGAUACGGCAUUUCCGUGGAGGACAAAAAAGCUCUGCACUGUUACGACCCCGCCGCCGACCAGUGGGAGUUCAAGACGCCCAUGAACGAGCCCCGGGUGCUGCACGCCAUGGUCAGCGCCAACAGCAGGAUUUACGCCCUGGGGGGCCGCAUGGACCACGUGGAUCGCUGCUUCGAUGUCCUGGCCGUGGAAUUUUACGUGCCCGAGACUGACCAGUGGACCACGGUGAGCCCCAUGCGCGCCGGGCAGUCGGAGGCCGGCUGCUGCCUGCUGGAAAAAAAGAUUUACAUCGUGGGGGGCUACAACUGGCACCUCAACAACGUCACCAGCAUCGUGCAGGUCUACAACACCGAGACGGACGAGUGGGAGAGGGACUUGCACUUCCCGGAGUCUUUUGCUGGCAUCGCCUGUGCCCCCGUCAUCCUCCCGCAGGUGACGAGCCAGAGGUGACCCUGGGGGGGCUCUGGGAUUGCGGGAGAGGGGAAAAAAGACAAAGCAAAACAAAACAAAAUUAAAGAAACUCCGGUUCUCUGCUCCAGAAAGUCCCUCCUGCUGCUGGGGAGUGCUGGCAAGGCAGUUCCAUCAGCAGCACUUGUCAGCCAGGCAGACUGAGCAGAUGUUACAGCUGGGAAAAGCCUUUCUCUCCUUUCUCUCCUUUCUCUCCUU